AUGGCGACCGAGGGGGAGAAUGCGCCCGGCGCUCCGCAAAACGAGAUUGCGACUGCUGCUGUCGCGGUUGAGCAACCGAAGGAAACACCAAAGGAGACAUCCGCCGCCAAACCUGCCAAGAGCGGCAAGGACUCGAAGGGCACAGGAGCCCCGGCGGCAGAGGGCGAGAAGAAGCUUUCGGGCGCGGAAUUGAAGGCAAAGGCCAAAGCCGAGAAGCAGGCAAGGAGAGCCCAGCAAAAAGCAGCACAGCCAGCAGCUGCUCCUUCCGGUGGGCCUGGAGGCCAGCAAGCACAGGUGGGCGGCGACGCGAAGGGCGGAAAAUCAAAGCAGAAGCAGGACGGGCCCCAGGCCGCCGGCGGAGCGGGCGCGCGAGGGCAGCAGACGAAACAGGCCGCCGUCGUGGUGCCUGUCGUGAAGGAGGUCAAGCCGACGAUACCAGAAUGCUACAGCCACCUGUCCGUGGCCAAGAGGACACCACUGACCCAUGCCGAUAAGGACGUGCAUCCGGCCAUGCUGUUGCUCGGCCAGCAAAUGGCCGCUUUUUCUGUGAGCGACAGUACGGCGCGGCUGGAGGCCACGCUGCUUGCCUUCAAGAAGGUCAUCGACUCUUAUGCGACGCCUCAGGGCAACACCUUCUCCAGGCAUUUCACCUCCCACAUUCUCAACCCGCAGGUUGAGUAUCUGUCAGCAUGUCGGCCCAUGUGCUUCUCCAUGGGCAAUGCCGUCCGUUGGCUCAAGCUCCAGAUCAGCAAGAUCGACAUUGACCUCCCCGAUUACGAGGCACGCAAGCUUCUGCACGAGUCCAUCGACAACUUCCUCCGCGAGCGUGUUCACCUCGCCGACGAAGUCAUUAUCGAGACGGCCGCCGCCCUCAUCACGGAUGGCGAGACGAUUCUCACCUAUGCUCAUCAUCCUCUUGUUCAACGCGCCUUCCGCCACGCUCACGUUGAGCAGGGCAAACAGUUUACUGCCAUUAUUAUUGACGAUCCCUUUGAGCUCACGGGCAAAGAGCUUGCCAAGUCUCUUCGCGCAGACGGCCUCUCGGUCAUCUACGUGCCCGGUCUCAACGCCCUGCGCGCUCAUCUCGCCAACACGGACAUGGUGCUUGUUGGUGCUGAGGCCAUGUUCAGCAACGGCGCCAUGUACGCGAGGGCAGGAACAUGCGAUGUGGCGAUCGCAGCGCAAGAUCUCGGCGUCCAGGUCGUCGGUCUGUCGGAGACGAUUAACUUUACCGAGAGGGUGGCGAUGGACUCACUCACGUACAACGAGAUUGACCCCGAAAACAACUCGAACGACGGGUUCAGGCUGCUGUUUGACACGACGCAGGAUAAGCAUGUUACGGCGGUGAUCACAGAGCUGGGCAACACGGCGACAUCUUCUGUAGCUGCCAUUUUGCGAAAGCUGGAGGAAUUGUAA